AAUUAGAGGGAAGUCUUGUCUGCUUGUGAACACGAUGUUUCGUCGUAUUGUUUGAUAGUGUUUUGGGGCAUCGCUCGAGUUGCAGCUAAUCAUAAAUGGAUUCCACGGUCUCUGAAAAUACGGAGUCUCGCUCCUUGAGACGAUCGAAAAGGCACUUAUCAGUUUUGAGUUUCGAGCCGACCCCCAGGGGUCCUCUAAAGAGGACCAAAAAGGGUUUAGAAGACCAAGCUCCAGUUGCAGCUGUCAAUGGUUCCGGAGAUGUGGAGAAUGGCUCAGGAGAUGAAGAGUCUCCUAACAAGAAGAGUCGGCUGGAGACUAGAGGAGAAGUCGGCGGCAGUGGGGAUGAUAAUGAGAUGGAUGUCCAGGAAUCAGUUGAAGAUCGGGAGAAAAAUGAAGACCAGGAAAUGGACAAUGGGCAGGAUUCUCCUCAUGGCACUCAUCAACCAAAAAUAUGCCAAGAUGCCCUUGGAGAUGUGAAUUUGUCCCCUUGCGUUGUCCUCGGGGAACGCUGCCGACCCAGCGUCGCAGUAAAUGAAGCCAAAAGAGUGAAACCAUCAACAAAAGGACCGGCAGCCUCCACCAAGGCUGCCACGCAAAUCAGAUCACCAGUGACAAGACAUAAUAUGCCGAUCCCUAAGAUCACCAGCAUGGAUGAGUACAGGAGGACGAUGGAAGCCAAAGCCAAGAGCUCUGGUGUGCCACCAGUUAAAAACUGUGUCCUAAGUGGGUAUCCAGCCUCAGAGAAAUCCUACACAACACGACAACGUGUGAAUAACAUUCCAACACAAAAAGAAACUGUUCAGCACAAAAAACAGGGGAUUAAGAAAACUGCUAUUAUCAAGAAAAGCUCUGGACAUUCCUCUAGAGGAUUCAUGUGGUAUUUCUGGCAUUUGGUGCUCCUGGUGCUGCUCAGUGCUUCCGUCGUCUUGCUGGCAUACAAGAUCAAACCUGUACUCCAAAGGACUGCAGGUGGUGGAAAGCAUCCAUCCAGAGCUGUGAAGCCAGAAAAGUUUGCGGAUCACUUGUCUCUUCUUGAGACUCAGUUUCCCAGUCAGCGGCCUGAGUUGUGGAAGAUGAGCAAGAUCCACCUGGAGAAGCACCUUGAAACAGCCCAUCCCACAGAGCCAGUCAGUCUGAUCCUUACUGCUGGCCCCGGAGCCGAGAGGACACUGCACUGCCUGGCUCGGGGCCUGGCCUCCUCCUUCUCCUCUGCCCUCAACGCCUCUGUCCUCCACAUCGAUGGGGCCAGCAAAGCCAGCCAGGACAGCGAUGAAGUGAAGCUGGAGGUUGACAGUCAGCUGCGAGCGGCCUUUGAGGGAGACAAACCCGUGGCUGUCAUUCAUCGCCUUGAAGAGCUUCCUCCAGGCUCUACGCUCAUUUUUUAUCGUUAUUGCGACCACGAGAAUGCAGCAUACAAGCAUGUGUUCUUGCUGUUUACUGUGCUACUGCCUAAAGAUGUGAUCAGCAAUGAGCUGAGUCUGAAGGAUGUGGAGGAGAUGGUGCAAGACCAUGUCAAGGAAAAGCUGGUGGGCUCCGACAGCCAAACUGCUUUCGAUAAGAUGGACACUGAUAAGUAUGGUGGACUGUGGAGCCGCAUCUCCCAUCUUGUCUUGCCUGUGAUGUCCGAGAAGGAAGUAGAGCAGAAAGGAUGCAGAUGAACCAAGCAGGCAUUAAGAGAGGAGUUCAGGAUACCACUGUGGACCAGCCUGAUGCUUCUUGGCACAGCGCAGCAGCUAUGAAACAAGAGAAGAAACGUGUAAAUAUAACCUGUGUGCUGUUUUAUUUCACAGAUAGACUUGAGUCCAAAUGUAUAAAGGUUGUAUUAAUCUCUCUCUGUCAGAGAUGUGACUGUACUGAAGCUGCAGUGUGUAACAGUGUACACACUGGAUUGUAACAGGAUGUAACGGUGUCAUAGCACCAUCAAUACACAUCCAAAGUACGGUGUGAAAUGCACAUUUUGUAGAUGCAGUUUGACUGAUUUGUUGACUGAUUUGUUUUCUCCCACUUCUGUAUCAUGAAUCUGUAUCAGCAGCUUUUUAACAGACAUCUGAGAAGAGUCUUGAGUGAAUGAUCAGCAUGGAUUACACUGGCUCCGUCUUUGGAACUGACAGAUUUUCAUCUUUGUUUUAGAUGGAAAUUCAUUUUUCUUGUUCUGUAUCAAAUCUUCCAGACGACUGCUGCCUGACUUAUUUUGAGCGUCCCCUUGGACAUGUUUGUCCAUUCAUUUAAUUCUCUUGUGUACAUGGUUGGUUUGGUUUUGCACUAAAAAUGUUUGAUUUUGCUUGAACUAUCCAUCUCAUCAGUACUGGCUUUUAUUAAGAUAAAUAUUUUCAAUGCUUUUUUCUGAAUGUGUAUAUUUGAAAUAUGUUGUCUCUUUUCUAGAUUGGAAUUUUUUUGAUAGCUGUAUACAUAUAUAUAUAUAUUGGAUAUAAAAAGAUUUGUACUUUGCACCUGUUUUCAAGAAACCACUGAACUUGUACUUAAAAUGUUGAACUGAGAAACGUACAGGUUCUGACUAAGUGAUUUGAAUUGAAUUUUGAACAAAUAUAAGUCAGCAAGUCACAAAAUGUGCCUUAAACAUUCAUAUGGAGAAGAUGAGACUGCGUAUGAAAAUGACCAAAACACUUACCAAUCAUUUGAUACCGUAUCUUAACGACAUCACAACCCAAACAAGGUUUCUUGUAGAUUUGUGCAAAUUUAAAUUUCAGAAUGCAGGAAGGUGCUCUUUCCUGUGAUCAUCUCUUAGGUAUUCCCUCAGAGAUUCAUCUUGUUGUGCUCAUAUGAAUAUGUGUACAUUUCCAAUAAAGAUUAUUUUGAUAACUAAGA